CCAUUCUCUGUCACAUAUAUAUCUAAAUUAAUGAUAAUUAUAAGAUAAAUUAAGAAGAUCAUGGGAAAUGAUGGUGGAUUGAUCUUGUUUUUGGUUUGAAUUAAAUACAUUUAUCGAUGUAGAUUAUUACUGAACUUUUCAAGAAGCAUUUGUUCAAUAUGAUGUUACACUAUCAUAAGGAAAAACUAUACUUCCCUGGCAUAAUGGAUGCAAAUAGCAAUCUACCUGUCAGCUGUUCAUGCUUCCAGUUGCUUAAGCCAAGUUUAGAUGAGGCCAAUCAUCACUGUUCUCUGGGUGUUUUGCCUAUUCUAAUUGAGGAAGCUUCAUUUCCUGUAAGGGAAAAGUGCCCCUUUCACAGUUCACAUGUUCAAGAUGUGUAUGACAUUUCAGUGUUGCCCGAGGAAGACAACACCAGUCCAGAAUGCACAUCACAGUUAGCUUUUUUGAGCUUUGUUGAAGUUCCUUUUCCAUCUAAAAAUCAGAUGUGCCUGGAUGACCAACUGGAUUAUCAUAACUACAUUGAUCUACCGAUGAAAAGUGCUGAUGCUUAUCCAUCUUGUAUUGUGGAUAUUAACAUUGAUAAGGAAAAUUUGGAACCACUUAAAUCCAAUGAUGAAAUUGUCAGCAGUAUAAAAAGUGAGGGCAUGAUAAAUCAUAUGCAAAAGGUGUUGCAGAGGCAAUCAAGCUUAAAUAUAGAUAAAUCACUGACUGAGAGGAUUCACGAUGCGCCAAUUAAUAGAUGGAGGAGAUAUAGACGUGCUGCCUCAUUUGACUCAAGAAAAGUUGUCCUCCUAUUCUCUGUGUUGUCAAGCUUGGGGACCUUGAUAUUGAUAUAUCUGACCCUGAGGGUACGACAGAACAGCGACGGUUUUAGCCAGGUCUAAUUGCUGUGACAUUUCCAUUUUAUAUCUCAUGAUUGAACCUCUUUGAAAGUUUGUUUAGGAAUCACGUUGUUUCAGUUCCUUUUUCUAGGUCCUGUAAUGAUUCUAUUUUUUGGCAAUGUUAAUAUGUUUUAGGCUUCUGGCCUUUGUACAUAACUAGGAUCCACGAUUCUAAUUGAGAUUUUGGUAUGCAAUUACAUGCUUCGAUCAUUAAA